ACUGUCAAUUACUUCGGAAAUUAAGAAACUAUGAAAAGUUAUGUUAUGUUAUGUUACGUUAAGUUGUGAUGUGUUAUGCCAUGCAUUAGAUUUACGGGCGAAUGCGAAAAAAUUAUCGGCGCUGCAGUAAUAACUUCAUUAAUUUUAUUGCACUUUUUGUGCUAACAAAUUACUUGAGGCUCAAAUCCGGACCAAUUACAUAAGUAAUAAAUAGAAAUUUAUUGCUCAUAGCUGCCUAUAAGCAAUUAAAGUGUUAUUUGUGUGCAUAGGAGUCAAAACAAUUAUAAUGAUGUUAUAAAACCUAGACAAUGUUUUGAGUUCUUCGUCUUUUUCAAAUAGGCCUAAGAUUAAAGAAAAUUACAUAAGAUUAUAGAUUGGGAUCAGUCAACGAUAGCGAUCCCCAACAAAUUUUGGAUUUCCAGACAAAAUCAUCGUCAACUGCUGAUGUUUGCUGCUGAUAACCUGUUAAUUUCUGGAAAAAACAAAAGCAGUUAAUAACGAAACCAGUCGGCAAUCUUAAGGAACAAGCAGUUUCGCAUGCCAAUACUCAACAAUAACAAAGAAAAUAAUUCAGAACACUGUAUACUUACACGAAAAUUUCACUGUAUGAAUCUUCAAGGUAAGGUAAGGCUUAAAACCGAACGAAUUAAAAUGCCACAAUCAGUCGGUUUUUAUAUUGACACGGAGACGAGCAAUCUACGAAACGUUCCUGCGGCUUAAGAAUUCGUAUAUUUAAGUAAUCGAAAUUUUAAACGCUCGUAAAAAUAAAAUUAAAUAAUAACUUAACAAAUGUAUUCAAGCUGGUUUUAUCUCAUACUGCUUUUGAUCGCCAUCCAUGACAGUCAGAGCGCUUACGGACGCGGCAAUCAAUGGAGUCAAUACACACAACGCCCCAACUUUUCGAGAUACAAGGAGUUGAAAAAAGUGUACGAGGCAAAAAAUUUGGAGUUCGGAUUUCCCAGCGAAGAGGACAGACAAAAAGCUUUACGUAAAGAGCUCUACAUACCAGACAAUCCACUGCCCAUAGAUGUGGAUGUCUACCAUCCGCCAAGUGGCGAGCAACCGAAGAUAUUCGUGACAAUACCACGUUUCGGCCAAGGCGUGCCCUACUCGCUGGCCUAUCUAACGAAUGUGGUGCGCCCCAAUGGCACCGAACUGCAACCCUAUCCAAGCUACGACUGGCAUAAAACGCAUGGCGAUGACUGUGAUGGGCUUACCUCGGUGUACCGGAUACAGAUCGACUCGUGUGGCAAAAUGUGGAUAUUGGAUAGCGGUGAAAUUGAAUUUAAACAACACUGCGCGCCACAACUAGUGGUACUGGAUAUAGCCACCUCGAAGGUCGUGCAUCGCUAUCGUUUUCCCAAGGGCAUGUUCAAGCCGACAAUAAGCCGUUUCGUCACACCAUAUGUCGACAUUGCAGAUCCCGCACCGAAGGGUGCAUGCGAGGAAGCUUUCGUUUAUAUGGCCGAUCCCACCGGUACCGGUUUUGUGGUGUACGAUGUGCAACAUGAACGUUCAUGGCGUGUGGAAAACAAGUACACAUACCCCGAUCCAGACUUUGGUACGCACACCAUAGCCGGUGAGAGCUUCGAACUUUUGGAUGGUACAUUCGGUUUCGCGGUAACACCACGCGGUUUGGGUUUGCGACGCAUGUUGUACCUGCAUUCGCUGUCGAAUGAUGCACAAGUAGCCAUUCCCUUGGAUAUUGUGAACGAUCCCACCUACUGGAAGAGCGGUAUCAAUUCAGCUUUGGAGCAUUUCGUGUUGUUGGGCAAACGUGGCAUACAAUGUGCGGCACCAGCCAUGACCGCGCAGGGCAUGUUUCUAUGUGGACACCUAGAACCGAUCGGUCUUUUCGGCUGGGAUAUUCGUACACCGUAUACACAUCAAAAUCGCUUGUUGUUGGCUGAGAAUCCAACAACGCUGCAGUUUAUCAGCGGCUUAAAGGUGAUAAGGAAUUUAGAGGGCAAAGAAGAGGUUUGGAUGCUGUCUAAUCGCUUACAGAAGGGCUUCUCCGGCACCAUGAAUUACGAUGAGAUUAAUUAUCGCAUUGCCAAAUGCGGUGUCGACGAGUUGGUGUUCGGCAGACCUUGCUAGUCGGCAGUGAUGUUUAAUCAACUUAGUUUAGUACCUACAAAACAUUUUUUUUAUUUGUAUGUAUGUGGAAUAAGAAGAGGUGUGUGUUUACUAUAUAUUUUAGAGGAGAUUUGUUAUAUAUUAUAUUGUGAAAUUCGAGUAUACAAGCGCCUAUACAUUAAUAAAUAGUAUUUCCGCUUAUCA